AGUAGUAGCCAGCCAUGGCUGCUCCAAAGCUCACCUUCUUCUUCCUCCUCUUCAUCUCCUCCUCCAUUUGUUUUGCAGAACUCUGCAACCCAAAUGACAAAAAAGUCCUCCUCAAAAUCAAAAAAUCCUUCAACAAUCCCUACAUCCUCACCUCAUGGAAACCCGAAGAAGACUGAAAAAUACCCUACCUUUACCUCUCCCACAACCAACUGUCAGGAAAAAUACCAGCUUCCUUGGGGAGGGUGAAUUUCAAUGUGAUUGAUCUGUCUAGGAACAAACUCGAGGGCGAUGCGUCGGUGAUAUUUGGCGGGAAUAAAACGACCGAGAUCGUGGAUUUGUCGAGGAACUUGCUGGAGUUUGAUUUGUCUAAGGUUGUGUUUCCUCGGAGUGUGACUUGGUUGGAUCUUAAUCAUAAUAAGAUAUUCGGAGGGAUUCCUGAGAAGGUGGUGGAGCUGGAGUUGCAGCUGCUGAAUGUGAGUUAUAAUAGGCUGUGUGGUCGGAUUCCGGUCGGGGGAAGGUUGCAGAGGUUUGAUGUCUAUGAGUACUUCCAUAAUAAGUGCUUGUGUGGGAAGCCACUCGGCAGCUGCAAAUGAUGUAUUUGGAAAAGAUGAACUCAUUGCCAAAUAUCUUUUAGUAUUUUUCCUCUGUGUUUACUUUUUUAUGGUGGAUCUGGCUUGUGGUUUUGUUUGAGUUGUUCUUUGAAGCUUGGAUUUGCUAGAUUUUGAGUUGGGGAUUGGAAGGAUGAGUUUAAUGUGUAAAUAAUGAAGUAUGAGUUUGUGUGCA